AUGACAAAAUGGCGCAACAAAGGAGAAGCCCGGUAUGCCGAUUGGUUCACAGACACCUAUCUGACGGCUCCAUUUGAUUCCUGGUUCGUUGGAGCUUCGACACUACCUGGAUCCCUGCCACAGCAACAGGGAAUUGAGUCAUUUCACAAGAGUAUAAGGGCUCAUAUGGGCCUUUACCUUCGUGCCGCUAUGGUCUACUUCUUGGAGUUCUCGAUGGGCCAAAUUCUUCAUUUCUGCUGUGCGCACAGGGCACCAGAGGAAAUACGGCCUUUUGCUGAAGCACCUUUGCUUCACUCACAGCUUACGAAGGCCAAAGCAAUUACACUGGAUACCACGAAGUUCUACGUUGUGCAAACACAAUGUCUUCAGACUUUCUACAUCAACCGAAAGGAUCAUUUUGAUCAGCGUGUAACCAAAGCUCUGACAAAAAGGUACGACAAGGCACAAGACCAAUCACUAUAUCGUGUCCGUGUAAGCGCCAAGAUCAAGUUUGAAAAGCUGCGAGCUUUGCCAAAGGUGAACAGCGACACGGCUCAACUCUUCCGUAAAAAAUAUUCCUGUGAGUGCAAGGCUUACGUCAUGUCGGGUUGGGUGUGCUCGCAUGUACUGGCAGCAGCGGCUAUCAAGCAACACCUAAAUAUUGACGAAAUUCAAGCUGGAAUCCCCCACCGCCGUCGCCCUGGACGGCCACGCAAGGAGCUCAGCUGCCUUGUUCGAGAUAGUCUCGAAGCUGCUGAAGGUGACGACACACGUUCGACUGGACCGACGGCUCGGCUGAAACGACAUCUGGAAAAAUACCCAAGCGAGGCUAUCGGAUACAAAGCCUUGCAUCGCUUUAAAACGUCGUUACCUGAAUCACCAAAGGAGUUCCAGAUCAGCUGCUUCAGUGGUGUAGUGACCUCCGUUCAGGCUGACAAUAAGCCAGUUACUUGGACGAUCACGUUUACCGAUGCUGAUAGUCAUGACGUUGAAGUGGAUGAGCUCGUGACGGACAUUACCAUGGCUACCAGCCGCCACAUUUAA